AUGAGGAUGUGCACACAACAACAACUAUACAUGUAGCGAGCAUCGAUACACUGUUUCCAGUUGGCCCGUAUAUGGUGCUGUACAGCACCCUCUGAAUAGCAAACGCGUUCACCAUCACACAAACACGCACACAUCGACACGCGCAUCCCAUCGCUGUGCAUGCAAUUCACACAUACAAACGAGGAAUUUAUCCCUUUUUCAUGAAUGAUUCGGUUCUUCCAUCAUUCGCAUUUGUGGGAACAGUGUGUACGGAUGUGAAUAGCGCACCGAAUACGGUCACACCCUUACUGUGUAGCAAAAAUUGGAAUAUUUUUUUUCUUCUUCUUUUAUUACAUCUCUUAGUUCUUUAUCAACAGAAAUUCAUGCAAGAGUGAUAGAACGGAAAGAAAAGAAUCGACGGCGACAUUUAUGUGUUGAAAGUGUGUUAUCAAUUAUCGACAAAUUUUGUGUUAUUCAUUUGUGGUAAUCAAGUAAAUGGUGCAUUUUUCGUUGUAAAACCAAAUGUAGCAGCGUAUUCGGGAUGUGUGUGUGUGUAUGAGAAAUCAAGUGCGAAUGAAAUAAUGUUGACGUGAAAUAUUUUUCGGCUGUGCCAUUCGCGUACUCCAUUGUGGUUAAAACGGGAACACGUAAGAAACAAAGCCAAAAGAUACUAGAGUUCGAUGUCCGGUUUUUACUAUGCGCUGUGCGUACUGAAAACGAACGAGACAAGUGCAGAUAGUGUUCAGCCAUUUGAAUAAAUAAAAAAAAGAAAGAGAAAAAAAAAUACACAGAAAAUAUUGAAUUGCGUAUCAUUGCACGUAGUGAUUUAUUUUAUUUGUUUUGCUCGUAGUGAUAUUAAUAAGCAAAGAAAGAAAGAAAAAAGGAAAACUUUAGGUGAAGUGACAAGGAGCUAGUUAGAUUUGUGUAAUCGAAACGUAGAUUUAUUGAAAUUGUUUCGAUGGCGAUGAACGGUGUCGUUGACGAUCAAUACAAAGUGCCGUUGAUUGCCAAGCUAUUGCACCAACUGCCCCAUUACAAUAUCACAUUUCAUCGAACGAACAACACUUUUCGGCCAACCGAUGAAGUUUAUCUCGAGAGUUUGGGAAUCCUUGGUUCUGCACCGGCUGCACUGCUGAUCCUUUCAUUGUUCGGGCUGUUAUUGUACUUAUUGACGCGAUGUUGUGAUCGAAAACCACGAACACAACACUCCAUAACGAGUCUGAAAGUGACAUUGUCGGUGGUGACGGUACUUUGUUGUGCAGCCAUUGGCCUAGGACUCUAUGGCAAUGAUGAUUUGCAUAAUGGUCUGUUGGAAGUUUUACAAUCGGGUCGAAAGGUGGAUAACAUAAUUUCGUCGGUGCGAAACCAAACCCAAACAUUGGAAAGUACAUUGGCAAACAAAAUUCGACCGCAGCUGGUUGAGCUGGCCGACAUUUUUGACCAGCCAGCAUCAAAUCAAACGGCACUCUCACAGCUCAUUCUCUCAUUGAAUAUCGUACAAGGAAAUGUUACAACGGCAAAAAAUGCGGCCGCUGACAUACGCAGACCUCUAAUGCAAGUUACAAUCACAUCCUUUUUAUCGAGAGGAGAUCAAUAUGAACUGAUUCGUUGGCCUGGCACAGUUGCUGUGCUAGCUUUGCUACUGGUUUUAUGCGCUGUUCUACUUGUAGGUGUUGCACGACACUCUCGAUGUGCUUUGAUUUUGUUUAGUGUUUGUGGUUUACUGGCCGUAACUGGAUCUUGGUUGAUGUCGGGUUUAUAUCUGUCGAGUUCGGUGGCUGUUGGCGAUCUGUGUAUGGAUCCAGCCGGUUAUCUUGUGUCACAAGCACCCAACGAUUUACCAACCGAAGUUCUACUUUAUUAUACGCAAUGCGAAAGUGUUCGCUCCAAUCCAUUUACGCUUCGAUUGCGUGAAUCACAAAAUGCCAUCAAUAAUGCACGUUCGGCUAUGAAUAUUGUCUCUAGAAUUUCAUUGGUGCUAUACAAAUCGGCCGGAUUGCAACCGAAACUUGGAGCUGUUACGGCUGAUUUGAAUAACAGUGAACGACUUUUGACGACAUUGACAGCGCUGGUCGAUUGCAGAGACCUUCAUCGCAGCUAUUUGGCUGCAACGCGAGGCCUGUGCGAGAGUGGGCUGCUUGGUUUGCUAUUGAUGCUGAUUGCAAGUUUUACUGCCGCCAUUUUGCUCACAAUUAUGGUUUGGGUCGAUUCGCAUACAUGGAUUUAUAUAAGAAAGCGUAUUGAUUACUCACAAGUUGACGAGGCGUCUUAUGCCUCGAACCAUGGUCAACAACCUGGUGCCCCGAUCCACCCACAACAACAACCGAAUCACAACAACAGCCACGUCGCCGCACGUACCCUUCCACGAAAUAUGCACAAUGGACCUCCGGUUAUAAGUGGUUCGCACACAUUGCAGCAUCCCGGUCGUAAUAAACAAGAGAUGAUUAUGGCCGCGCAAUAUCAACAACAACAACAACAACAGCAGCAGCAACAGCAUAAUCCAAAUAUACGUCAACUCGGUUCGCAUACCAUGACAAUGGGUCGCAUGCCGCCGUCUCAUAUGAGCCCACAACAUCACGGCGCCAACAAACACGUGUGUACAGAUGCAAGACAAUAUGCGAUGCAACAACAACAGCAACAACAAGGAAAUGCCCAACAGCCCGCAUACCAUCACCAACAAAUGUCACAAUAUGGCCAAACACAGCCAACAUACCAAACUCAGCCUCAAUAUGUUAUAUCUCAAGGUCAACCGCCACAAAUGCAAGAUCGCCCUCGUCAAAAUGCUCCAAAUGAUCCAAUGGCGCAUAAUAUUUAUAAUCAACAAAUGAUGGCCGCUCUACCACAAAACGUUCUCUAUCAUCAGCAACAAAUUCAAAAUCAUUAUUCAUUGCAACCACAACCACAGCCAAUGCAUCACCGAUCGCCACAAACCAAUCAACAGGGAAUGCCACCACCCGGCCAAAUGCAUCCACAACAGCAAAAUAUCUACUCGCACAAUAAUGCGGCUGUCAUCAUGUCUGGAGCGGCCACUUUGCGUCGUCCGCCACAAAAUCAGGCUCGUGAGGCAAUGGAACAGAAUCCAAAUACCAAUUUACCCGAUAAUAUCAUGAUGGAUCGUGACAAACAGCAGAUGUUCAAGUAUUCAACAUUGCGUCAAGGUGGCAAGUUUGAUCCGAGAAACUUUGGACCACGUCCCAGCAUUCCGAACGGUGCACAAAAUCCAGCAGCACAAAAGCCGUCGAUUUUAAAUUGUCCAUUGCCUGAAAUACCCAAAGAACAUGCAGCCAGCAAUGGUAAUGAUCCAAAUAAAAUCACAUCACCACGCAAUUUGAACACCAACGGUGGAGCUCCGCCACUUAAUCAGCCUACAAUGACACGCACACUGCAAAGACCAUUCAAAAAUCUUCCACCAACUGGUAAAGCGAUUCCUCCACCAAAAAUUGCCGAUUCAUUGUAUCAAUCGAAGGCGGCUCUAACCAAGCCACCAAUCGCCCCAUCGACCGCACAUCCAACGAAUGGCACCACCACCACCACAACAACGCUAUCAAAUUCACAUCAACCAGCAGUCCAACCACCUUCGUCACCCCCUUUACCUCCGCCACCUGAGCCAACACAAAACCUAGAUUAUGCUGUGACUGAAUUGUAAAUCCAAUCUCGAGACAUUUAUUUCUCAUUGCGUGCGUGCGUGCGUGCGUUCCAUCCAAAUCACGCACCACGAACGAAGAGAUCUGAAUUGAAUUCAGCAAUUUAAAAUCGUAAAUAUUUAUCGUUCAAUGAUGCCAAUUCCUCACAUUUCGAGCGCAACAUUAUUAUAAACAUGAAGUUGAUCAAUUACAUUUGAAAUGCAAUCGUGUAAAUAUUGCCCAAACCAAAAACAGAAAUCAAUGAUCUUUUUUACUAUCGUCCUUAUAAUUUCCCAAAAAAAAUACAUUGUCUCAAUUGUUGAACGCUUGAAUAUUGAUUUGAGUUUAAAUUUAGCAUAGAAAAUUAUCAUUUAGGUCAAUAUAAUGUAAUCAAUAAAAAAAACCAAAUAAUAAUAUGAACGGUUAUUGUGCAACAUAGGAAGCUCCACUACGUUUCUCACAAGCGCACCGGAGGAUGAGUAUCAUGCGUGAGCAUCAUGCGUGGCACACGCACACACACACACAAACACACAGAUAACAUUAUUUAUAGAAUUUUGAUUGAUAGCAAUCUCUCGUCGGAACUAUUAAUAAUGAUAACAGUAACGGUAACAACAACAACCACAAGCAUAUUUAUAUAACUCAUUAACUUAACUUGUAGCAUACAUUUUUGGAACGAAUGCCGAUGUAUCGGCCUAAAAAAACAUGAUCGAUUGAAGGAAAUUAGAUAUUUAACGCAAAAAAACUCCAAUAAACUGAUAGCGGGUGAGCGAAUGAUAUGGUUGUUUAUGUUGGUUGGAGAGUGAGAGAGAGAGAGAGAGAGUGCGAGGUGCCAAAGAGGAUUUUAUGAAAUCGAAACGAAUUAUAAUGAUGAGUGAAUCGAAUGUGGAGUAGAGUUUUUAGACACACAUUUUUACCUUCUUUUAGACCCUCGUUUACACAAUAAACCCCUCUAUUUUCCAAAACGGAACACAAGAGCAAAUCACACUGACGAAAUUUUUUUCACGGCGUUUUCAAUAAACCACAAAAAAGAACAAAACAAGGGAACAAUCACACAUCUGUAGCUCACAUCCCACAUUUCACACACCAACAAUUCAAUUUAAUGCUAUUUUAGAGCGUUUCAAAUCACAACACAAUUUUUCGACACAAGCAUCGUUUUUCCCGUAGAUUUUCCGUCAUUUCGAUUUAAUUGAAUGAAUUUAGCGUAAUAUUUGAACAAAAAAAAACAUAAGAACAAGAAAUGAAGUGAAUAAUGUAUAACCAAUAAUUUAAAAAAGAAUGAUAUGAAAAAAAUGAACGUAUUAAUCACAAAGCUAAGUCAUAGUCAUUUACAUAGAAUGAGGUAGAGAAAAAAUGCCAUCAAACACACCGAGUAUGUUCCUACUGAGAAUUUAAAAAAAACAUGCUGAAUCCAUAUAUGCAAAAUGCAUCUCACACUGUAUAUAACAUAGGUAUGAUCGCAUAUUUGUUGCAAUCGAAAACUUGCUUUAGACACACAUUGAUUAUUCGGUCACACAUUGAUUUAUAAAUACACUUACUAUCGAAUUUUCUAUUAUUAGUCCGUACCAUAUCUGAAAUUCAGUCGUGCAAGCAAAAAAAAAUACAGUUCCAUUUGUCAUUGAAGUAACAUCUUUUAGAUUUGUUUUAUUUUUUUAUGGUUUUUAUUUUCUGUUAAAAAUAGUUCUGUUUUUUUUCUCCUGGAACUAUUGCAAAUUUUUUAUCAUUGAGAAGAUGAAAAUACGCUUUUCAUCAUUGAAAUAUGUCGUUUUAUAAGAAGUUCUUAAAAAUAUCUCCGAAAAUUGGAGAAAAAUACAACUUUUUUGGAAUCCCAUUUGGCUUUGAUGAUGAUGCAAUGAAAAUGCACCAAACAUUUUUAAAAAUUUACACACAAAAACGAACAAUUUUUUUUAAUAAAUUCUGAACAUGCAAUCGAACCAAAACUGUUUUAACAAUAGAUUAACCAGGAAAGAACUAUCAAACAAUAUAAAUGGCAUCUCAGGUUUUGUGAAUUAAAACACCAAACACUGCCAUACAGCACAAUAGACACAAUGUCUUUUUAUAAGAAACUGUUUUGGAACAAAUAUUUUGAAAUUCAUGGAAUUUUUUUUUUGAUUUUGUUUUUUGAAGAAUGACUCAUUGUAAUUAUCAGCGUACAAAGAAUUUUUAGUGGUUAAAAAAAAAUUGGCAUUAUAAUAUCAAUUUUGAAUAUAAGAUUCAAUCGACAAUGAAAAUCAGUUCCAAGUUGCAUUUGUUUCAUACAUAAUGAACAUUUAGUUAAAAUAAAUGGAAGGAAAAUAUUUCAACGAGAGAGAAAGAGAGAGAGAGAAAGCAGGAUUUUUUUUGUUUGUUGUCGGAAAACGAUUCCAUGAAUGUAUUGAUAAUAAUGUCAUUCUAUUUUUAUUGUCUCUGAAUAUUAAUGUCAUUUGUAUCGAUUUAAGAAAUUUUUCAAAUUAAUUCAAGUAAAUAAAAUCGAACAGAAGUUGCGAUACGAAAAAUUAUUAUGUACUCAGAAAAAUGAAACAGAAAUUAGGAAAAAAAAUAGAAGCUCAGCUCAACUUCAAGUGUGAUGUAUAUUUUUGACCACGAAAGAACAUCGAAUCGUUUACAUUCUUUGGUAAGAAUCAAUUCGACUCAAGGCGGUUAAUAUACAAUUGAUCACACAACAAACAGUUUUUUCUUUUGCCGAGCGAUGGUAGUGAAGAAAAAUCAGCAAACCAAAAACGUAUUUAUAAUUAUUAUGGGUUAGAAUGGUUGCCAUUCAAAUUUAAAACAAAAAAGACAUGAACUUACUAGUAAACGAAUAAAAAAAAUGUACUAAAACAGAAUUAAAA